AUGGAAGGUACGCCCGAUGGUUCGGCGUCAUCAGCACCACUCUACGAUCGACAGCACCACCCAUACCAGUCUUUGGCAACCCCUCUCUACACGCUGUUGCCGCAGAAUGCGGGCCGCGAUGGCACGUAUGUACCGGGAAUGAGAAACAACACUUACUCGCAGCACCCGUACCCCAGCGCGUUGUCGAGGAUGAUGCCACAGAGCACCACAGCAGCACCGCCUCCCCAACCGAUCGAUCCAGCUCCCGCCACCGUCGGCAGUCAGGCCCCAGGUGUCCUACGCCCGAUGCAUGUCCGUGGAGUCAUGCCGCAGCCGGCGAUAAACUCUCUAUACGGCCAGGGCCCGCUGAUGCCUCGGGCUUCCACAAUGCCCGACAGCAAUCCGCCCACCCAUGUGGUGGGCUCGCAGGACCGUAGAGGCAUUCUGCCCAGCAUUCCAGGCACGCCCGCUGCACUAACUGUUGGAAUGACUCAGGCGAAGAACCAGACCUUCCAGAAGAAUACUGAUGGGAGGUUCCCUUGCCCUGAGUGCACCAAGACUUACGGGUUUGAGAAGCACUUGAAGCGCCAUCUUCUCAAUCACAGCGGUGAGCGGCCGUACACGUGCAUUUUAUGCUACUACAACUUCACCCGCAGCGACAUCCUCAAACGCCACUUCGCCAAGUGUGCUGAGCGUCACGGCAACCCGACUGGGGCCAGCCACUUGUCCCACCCCCAAGCGCGCACCAAAAAGAAUGCUGCUGCCCGACAGAACCCUGCGGGUGUAGAGGGCGAUGUGAAUCACAUGCAGUGGAUAGCUUCCCCGAGCUGCCAAAACAAAGACGCCGAUUCAUACCCCGGUUGGCCGGCUUUUGACUCGGAUUCGAUGAGCAGAGACUCGGGAGCCCGCUUCGUAGGGCCUUUGUGA